GACAUGGGAGAGGGAUACGGUUCUAGCUGGAACGGCACUCCUCCAGCUAGUUCGUCGAAAUCUUUGUUAUGCUUUUGGGGAGGUCCGAGCUUGCUGGCAUGGCAAUGGUAGAUUUCGGCAAUUGCAACAAGUCUUCAAUCCAUCGGGAUUAGAUGUUCCAUGGCACUGACGAAACAGCUGUUCCAAGUUCUCGUGCUUCUUGUGUAACUCGAGCGGUGCCAAACGUCGCUCUCAAAUGACUGAAGCUUUUAGGAAUAGUGUACCCCCGUGCCAUCUUCAGUUGGUUCCAGAGGGCAGUAAAGAUCAGGGCGGGACAUCUGAUCCGUGCUCGGAGAUCGUCAUGACUCUGCUUCGAGCUCUUCCCUUCUCACUCUGAUUUCCUGCAUCAUUUCAAGUUAGGUUUGUAGGUGGCAGCGGUCAUUCGGCUUCUUUUCUGGCCCAAACUUGCUGACUCCGUGCUAGUGCGAUGUGUAUUUUUUUCACCCUGGACGUAGCGGGGCGUACGUAUGUCAAGAUUACCCCAAGUUUUGCAGCGCUUUUUUAGUUGCCAAGUGGUCCGAUAAACUUUGUAAUACAAUCUUCAUAUGUUGCAGUGAUUACAUUUUGCAGGGACUGCACUGCAGUGGUGGAACAGGCUACGAAGGUCUGCAGUUGCUUUACAUCCGUUGGAGAGUACACGAUUAUCGGGCUUUUUGAGGCUAGGAAGCAGUCAUAGGCGUAUGAAAUCGGAACAAGGACCACGACAAAGCUAACCAGCGUUCCAGAUCAGACACGGCCUCUGUACAUCACUGCAGAAAUCCAUCGCUCAAAACAAGAGAUUGAUGCAGUUGUUGAAGCUCUGCGCAAGCUUUUGAAGAAUAGGUGACUUGAUAUGAAGAAUGCAUUGAGCAUCUAUUUCUUUUCAGACUUGCUGCAAAGUUCAUGUGUAGCAAGUGAAGCUCUCUAGUUCCAAUUAUGAUGUCUAAGAUUGACUUUUGACACGUACCCCGCAUAAUUGAGUUCAUGUUAGGGUGUGCUCUUCCGAAAAUACGUUCAAAUAAUUUGAGCUACGCCGUGGGGACAUCAACAUUUUAAACGCAGUGCUAAAGCCAAUUAUGUAUCUAAGAACUGGGAGAUACGCACCUGAAUGAAGAAAUUCAGAAACUUAGUCCAGAACAUCGUAACCAUGAUUAGAAGACUUUAUCCAUUAAUAUUCCAGACACCAGAGGUAUGCACUUCCGAAUGCUCUACAUAGUUUGGGGAGCGCACAGAUGUGUUAUUGACAAACGACAUGCAAUCAAGAGUUUUCCAGCAUUUUGGUUCCGAAAUUGGACAAUUUUCAAGAGGGUCUUCGCACAAUUACAAGUUCUUGUUCUAAUAUGUUAAGUACGCAGGGUUGCUCGUUUGGUGUCUUAGGUGAAUCCAUCAAAACUAUUUAUGUGACUUUAUUGCACUGUUUCGAUUUUGAACAAUGUUUAUUCGUCACUCACAGAUCCGAGUAUCUAAGCAUUUUAGAUCGCUGGACGUUUUUAAGUCAAUGUUGUUAUAUGAAAUCACUCAACAUUAUCUAUUGGUCAACAUUAGCACUCUCUAAGUCACGACUUGAAGACGCAGUACAUAACUUCUAACAAUAUCGAUUGUGUCUCCGUUAAUUCCCUCAGGUUAACAUAUGUUGCUGAUUUUCUUUUUGGUUCAUGGCCUGAUUGGUCACUAAUUGUGGUGGCUGCACGUAUGAGUCCUGUAGGAGGAGUAAUUCGUGCACUUUUUCGACUGUUCAGCACUUCAGUAACUAGGAUGUGAAGCUCCUUUUAUGAAAUAAGGGCAAAGUCCAAGACUUUGUCAAGUACCACCUCAUUCGGUUUCUUGGACUUGAAACCGACAAGUUGAUGUCUUGUCGCAAGUGGCUGGUUCUAGGUAGAGUGUCACCUAGCAGCAGGAUACUUUCGAUAUCAACACCAUGCAAAGUCUCUCACAGAACAGCUUUUGUCCAUUAGGCAUUCAUUCAAGUAUCUACGUCAUGCAACUAGAAAGCAAGUGAUACUUCGGACUGGGUUUCGGUCCAAUUGGCUUCCGUCAAAAAGAAUAAAAUAGUUUGGACCAAUUUGAAUCGGCCUGGAAGGCUUUACGGGUGAAGACUUUUUCCCUUCAUUCUCGGCGACGAGGUCGCAAGGGGGAGCAUCUAUAAUUGGUAGGUCACGAGAUCCCCCAGGAUUUUUUGAUCUCCCACUGCCGUUGCGUCUGAUCGCUUCCUUGGAAGAGUAACGAGCCCAAAGCAACUUCAGUUCGCGUAUAACAUGGCCACUCGUGUGAGCAUGAGAAAGAGAAAACCUGAGCACAGAGGGGCUGGAGUGUGAGGACGUUAAAUUUGGUUGCCAACAGACAACGCCAUGCCCAUGAAUCCGAAGAGAGCGUCAGGUACGUGAGGGUUACCGCCCAGAAUAGCUGGUCAUGACGAAUCUUCUGUAUGUUCUCCCUUGCCGCGCGCACAAACACAUCAGGGAUGCUUUGCCCGUGAGCGCGCUGCGUGGUGUAAAGUUAUCGAAGCGUGCGUCUGACGAACCGCAUAAACCUCUCAUUUCAUUGUUUUGUGAAUUCUAGUCGGACGGAGUUUUCCAUAUUAUCCAAUACGUCUCUCCAGGUGUCUGGAAUCAUCGUUUUUCUGGCAUGGGACGGGAGUUGCAUAUUACAAGAGUUGGGCGUCGUCACUGACUUUACUUCUGGAAGGCGAUGAUGAGUUGAACAGCAUUAGAGGUAGAGAUCCCCGGCCAGGAACUUGGUCAUGGAAUCCUGCAUGGACGAAACAGGCAUGAACCCGUAAGCAUUGUAAGUUGCAGCCAACGGGACAUCAGUUGGAUGCGGGUAUGAAAAACAAACAAGCAAAUCCAUUCUUGGACUAGUUCUUAGAUCUACAAUGCCACCUACAACAGCAAUACUUAAGGUUAUGAGAAGAUAUCUAUCAUGCUCUCUGGAGUGUGGUCCUCUUCUUACAAUCUUAAAUUUUAAAUUUCUUGAAAGGCGGCAUUGUGGACCUAAGACCUUGGUCAAGUGUGGAAUAAGGCUAAACUGCUGGUACAUUUUGGAGCACUUUUAUCUUCGUCAAAUAUAAUGAAGACACAGGGCUGAACCUGUAAGUGUUUCAAAACAAGUUUUCGAAUGCUUCUGAAACCUUCGAAUAAGUUGGCAGUUCUGGCUUGUAUGCACUCCUGUGCCAUGUUUUUGUUUUCAGUUGCAUUUCCUUAGUUCUCAAGUCCAUUCGGUACAUUGUGAGAUAAUCUCGUAAUCGUUGGUUCAGGUUGAUAAUCUGUUCUGGUCGGCACUGACACUCCUGUCUUAGCUUGUCAGAAGAUUCAUCUUUGUGCACGUUCCUAUGCUGUAUCAGAGGAUGUGAAUAGGCGACUGCAUUAAUUCUUAGUGUAUGUCCAUGCGUAGAAGCACAAUCAUUCUUGUUUCUCCAAAAAGUUGUCACUACGAUAUCAGUUAUCGAAUAUGAGACGAGCGGUCUGAAGGAUGGGCUCCGCAAAUCCCGAUUAGGGAGACUGAGCGGAACAGUCCGCCGCACCCUCUUGCCGUCCUGCAGACAAUGCACACACUUGCUUUCCCUGCCACAGCCUUUCUGUUCCAAGCUCAAUCGAUUCAAUCACCCAUUGUGGUGUAAUAGAAGUACUGCCAAGGUCCCGUCGGAUACGAAUCUUGCUGAAAUCCGAGGGAUUCAACGGGAGGUGGAAUUAGGGCAGUAGGCCUGUAGCCGCGUAGUUAGGGUUUUUGUGUUUUUGUGACUAAUUCUAUGUGAGUAUGAGUGGCCUCGUGAGUGCAAUGGCGACUUAUGCUGACCGUGUCUGGGGAGAGACUCGGACAGAGUGUUAUGACCGCAUGCGUUUGGAAUCGAGACGGGCGCGACCAGUCGCAACCGGCGAUAGAGUUGUGAGCCUAGAAGAGGCAUUCUCCAGCGUCUUCGAACAACAACACAGCCCCACCGGAACACUCCACCCGACCAAGGCCCACCGGUUACGACAUAUAGAUAUGUUAUGUUUACAGGAACAUAAAUUGAGGGGGUCCAGAUACCACGACCUCGGGCGCCAGAUCUGGCGUCAAGCUAAGUUCUUAGGAUGCGAGGCCGCUCCUGGCCACAACCAUACUGACGGCCAGGAGGGGGCAGGAAAAGGAGGAAUCUGUAUGUUCCUCUCCCCCCGCAUUCAACACAUGAUCCAUUCCCAUGGGUUGGUGGGUGUCAACCUCGCCCAAUGGGUACUACGUGGCUACGACGGGGGAGACGUGGCAGUCCUUAACACGUACGCGCCUCAUACGGCACAAGAACGGAGCCAACCAUGGCACAAAAUGCUCCGACUACCGCAAGGAUGUCGAUGGGUACCGUGUGGAGAUUGAAACAUGGUAGAAACCGCGAGGGACAAGUCAACUGAAUGUGGCCAGUUACUCUGAGAGAAAAAGAAAAGUUCAACCUCCUGAAAGCACACCUACAAGUCUCGGAUUACUUCACUUACACCGGGCCCCGCACAUACACCUGGGAUAACCGGCGUAGCGAUGGGACCCGAGUCCUAGCCCGGCUUGAUCGGACGUACACGUUCCACAGCCCAUCAGGCCAACAGAGCCAAUAUGUUACCCAGCACGAGAUAAUGGGUGACUGCAAUCUAUCAGAUCACCUACCGAUUAAACUCUCCAUUGAACUGGGAGCUGAAAGGUCAGCGGGCAGCAGUUACAAACUGAAUAGUAAGUACCUGUAUGAUCCGUCUAUCCUGGAGCAAAUGGUCGCUCUCUGGAAGAGCUAUCAAGGGCAGAUGGACUUCUUCGGCAAACUGCACCGUCUCACAAAAUGGUACAAUACCCCUUGCCUUCGUAAAACUGAGUCCCGAGCCCACGAAGUCGCUCUAAGGGAGCGCCUCCAGCAAGCCCAGGAAACAUUACAGCAACACCUGGCGUGUCCCAGCGCGCAGGCCACCUUGACGGAGAUCCAAGACGAGGUAUCUCAGUAUGAAACCCAGCGAGUAGAGGGUCAGCUACUUCGAUCGAGAGUUAAAUGGCGAGCAAAGGGGGACUCAGGCACGCAAGAAUUUUAUCGUGCAGUCCAAUAUCAUACACCCCCCCCCCCCCCCCCCCACCAAUCUCACCGAACUGGCAGAUCAGAUCGGGAUGCUACACCGCAGUCGAGCACAGAUGGAGGAAAUCUGUCAUGA